CAAAAAACUGGCAAAGCCACGCGCCACCCUCACCCACUCGCAACAGUGCAAUUGAGGAGCAUCCACCUAUCUCCGUUGCAUCGCUCUGGCACAAAACACCAGCAACGAAGACUUCAUCAUGAAGUCCUAUUCCACCAUCCUCGAGGCCCUCAACCACCAUGCUAUGGAAAUCCCGGACAUGGUCGUCUUCACCUGGGUCGAUAUCAAUUGUGAGGAACAGAACAAGAUGACAUUCAAAGAAUUGGAGGACAAGUCGAAUGCUGUGGCUGCUCGUCUCCUCAAGCUUGGAUGCAAAAAGGGAGACCGUGUCAUGGUGGCCUAUCCUUUUGGCCUGGAGUUUUUGGCCGGUAUGUUUGGUGCCAUGAAGAUUGGUGUCAUCCCCUGCUCUGUCUAUCCACCCAAUCCCAAUCAGCUCAAGACCGACAUGCCCAAAUUCCACAGAUUUGCUGAAGAUGCCGGAGCCAAAUUUGCCAUUUCUACCAGCAUGUUUGCUGCGGGGAUGACGGCAGCUAGCAUUCUCUACAAGACUGGGGUCAAGUGGAUUGCGACUGACAAAUUGCCAAUCAAGAAGGUCAACCCAAGCAAGCCAAAAGACUAUGAGAAAUUCGUUGGGGAACCAGAAGACAUCUGCUUCAUACAAUAUACCUCAGGCAGUACUGGAUGUCCCAAAGGAGUCAUGGUCAGUCAUCAAAACCUAGAAGAGAACUGCAAGGCUGGCAUGUCCGUGACGGGUUUAGACACUUCUUCUUCGGUAGCUCUAUGGGUUCCUCAAUAUCAUGACAUGGGACUCGCAGGAUUCAUGUCCUGCCUCUACACUAGCAGUCAUCUUGUGGUGGCAUCACCCCUUGACUUUAUUGUCAAACCACUGCUGUGGUCAGAUAUGGUGGAAACAUACCAGGCCACCCAUACAGCAGCACCCAACUUUGCAUACGCCUUACUCCUCAAGAGGCUGGAGCAGGCCAACAGGACAGCUGACUGGAGUUGUAUGAAGGCCGCAAUGUUUGGUGCCGAACCUGCCCAAGGCCAUGUUGUGGAAGCGGUUGCUAAAACCCUCUCUGUCAAGCCUGAGCAUGUCUAUAACAACUAUGGUCUGGCUGAAUCAGUUGUGCUUCUCACUGGUGGACCUGCCUGCCCAGAUGCUGAGGGUGUUGUAUGCUGCGGUGCGGUAGACUCGCCAACCCUUAAAAUUCGAAUUGUUGACGAUGGAAGGGAGGCGGAAGAGGGUCAAGUUGGAAGCAUUUGGGCUCAGUCUCCUAGAGUGGCAGCUGGGUACUAUGGCCAGCCAGAGCUGACCACGUCAACAUUUGCCAAUGCAUUGCCUGGCUAUGAUGGCAUCUGGCUUGACACCGGAGAUUUAGGCAAGGUGGUUGAUGGUCAGCUCUAUGUUACUGGCAGAGUCAAAGAUGUGAUCAUUGUCAAUGGCAAGAACUACUACCCAACUGAUAUGGAGCUCUCAGUUGAUGAAACUUUUGGUGACAUCAUCCGCCCAGGAAGGACAAGUGCAUUCCAGCAUGGAGAAGCCAGUGUUGGCAUCACUGUGGAGGGUCGCAAAGGAUUUGAAAAGUCAGCAAAUGAAGACUUGGUCAUUCAGAUAGCCAACCAUGUAUCACUGGUGCAUGGGCUUUUUGUCUGUGAGGUGGUUGUUCUCAAGUUGGGUGUGACUCCCAAGACAACAUCUGGGAAGCUGAAGAGAAGUGAGAUCAGGAA